AUGACUUCUCUGAUUGAAAUUCCGGAAGUAGCCAUGACAAAAGUAAUCAAUAAAUGCGAUUACCAGUCAAUUCAAGUGCUCCGAAAAGUGUGCAAAUCCCUUUGUAGCUUCAUAGACUCCAUUAAAAUCGGCCUUGCUAUCAAUUAUAUCUAUGUUAUAGUGGAAUCAGAAGAAAUUCGAUUGCAUUUAUAUUUCAAGCAACAUCCACAAAUCAUUAUCGAGUAUCAAAAGCUGGAGAAUGGGUGCUCCGUGGUGUUUUUCAAUGAAGAAAACCGAAGAAAAUAUUUGGAAAACGACAAUUUCAUUUAUAUAUUCUGCAUGGAUUUCCAGCUAGUCCUUCAGAUUCUGAAGGCGCCCAUUGAGAAUUUGAGGUUCAGUUUUAAAAGCGACACUACUUCUCAGGAAUUUGCGAAGAAGUUCGAUCUACCGCUUCGAGUUGAGAAGUUAACUGUCUCCCUGACUCAUCAGAAUCAGCUAUUGUCGGUCUUAAAGCAUGCCAACUCGAAAUUUCUGAAGAAAAUUCUUAUAGUCAGUGUAAAACGGGAAAGAGUACAGCUGGAAAUCAAUGAACCUAUGGAGUUGGAGCAGUGGAGGGCAGCGGAGCAGCUUACGAUCCGCCACUUUUUUGUAAAAACUUCAGUUCAAAAACUUACUAAUUUUUCGAAUGUGUAUGUAAAUGUCGAGACAUUAUCAGCAGAUGACGUCGCUUAUUUGAAAGAGAAAUUUCUGAAUACCGAAUCAAUGAAAUACUUUGGUGUUGCAUUCUCCAAACUGAUUAAUGAAGAAAAACUGGAACAAAUUUUUGGGCAUGUUGACAGUACAACCGAUGAAUACGGGCAAACAAAAAAAGUGUGGAGUUUUGAAAUUCCGAGAAGAUGCUUAACUUUGAAAAUUUCCCUUUUUCGUUAUUUGGUAGCAUUUGAUAUGAGUGAGAAAUGA